AUGGGUAAAAUUGCACUUAUCGGCGCAGCAGGCCAGAUUGGCACCCCUCUCAGCCUCCUCUGCAAAUCUAGUGAUCUUUUCGACGAAAUAUCGCUUUACGACAUUGUUCAUGUUCCAGGCAUUGCGACUGAUCUUAUGCACAUCGAUACCAGAGCCAAGGUCAACGGCUAUCUCCCUGAUGAUGGCGGUCUGAAGAAAGCUCUUACCGGCGCGGAUAUUGUUGUUGUAACUGCUGGCAUUGCUCGAAAGCCUGGUAUGACAAGAGAUGGUGAGUUAUGGACAUCAACCAAUGCCGGGAUUAUUCGUGACAUCUUCGUUGAAGUCGCCGAAACUUGCCCUAAUGCGAUUUCCUGCGUGGUUACCAAUCCGGUGAAUUCGACAGUUCCUGUUGCGGCUGAAACUCUGAGAAAGGCGGGUGUUUUUGAACCAACUCGUCUCUUUGGUGUCACAACCCUUGAUGUUGUACGAGCUUCGACAUUUACUGCACAUGCUCUUGGGGGAAAUGCCGAUCCAAAGCAUUAUAAGGUACCGGUCAUUGGCGGCCACAGCGGCGCAACCAUUCUCCCUCUUUAUAGCCAGGCCGAACCUGCCGUUGAUCUUAGUGAUGAGGAACUUGCGCAAGUUAUAAACCGUGAGAUUCCUGAUGGUAUAUGUGAUAUUUACAUACUGACAGCCUGGGCAGGUGUGCAGUUUGGUGGUGAUGAGAUCGUGAAGAGUAAGCAGGGAGCUGGGAGUGCCACGACUUGCAUGGCAUACGCCGGAUUCCGUUUUGUCAAGGCUCUUGUGACUGCCCAAGGUGGCCUUCCUGUAUCCGAAGAAGCAUAUAUCUAUCUUCCAGGUGUCCCCGGAGGGAAGGAAAUUGCUACACAGCUCGGCGUGGACUACUUCGCUGUCAAAGUUGAGAUUGGUCAAAACGGCGCUUCUAAAGCUCUUCCUCUUGGAAGUCUGUCCGGGGCGGAGCAGAAACUACUUGGGAUUGCUUUGAGUGAUUUGAAGGCGAAUAUCGCCACAGGUGUUUCUUUCAUGGGCGCAUGA